AUGCCCGCCUUUGCGCUCUCCUCCCAGCCGCGCGCGAUUGCAGCAAGCGUCGCACCCGACUCGAGCAGGCGCCGCGGCUUCCUCCCCGACUCGUCAUCUCCCCUCGAUCCGGUAGACCUAACGACGUCGCCGGAGGUCAAGAAGCGUUCCGCAAGUAGCUUGGUUCCGUCAUAUUUGUCGCCCAGGAAGAAGACCCGAAGUGAUGGCUCAGAGGAGUCGCUCCCAACACCACCACCGACAUCCAGCGUGCACGGCGCCGAAGUCGAUGAUGGCAUCGAAGAGCUCAGCGAUAGCGAAUUCACGCCAGCUGAGCUAGAGCGAAGUGCGAGGAAGGGUAAGCUGGUCGUUGUGGUGGAGCUGACCGCAGCCCGAUCGAGCAACAUUCCGUCAAAACUCGCCAGCAGUGUGUCCGAACGCUCUCCCGCUCCGAGAUCGUCGCGCAAGGGUACACCCAGACAGCCGUCGCCGAUGAAGACGAAAGCGAAGCCCAAGUCUCGGUCAAUAUCGCCUGUGAAGCAGGCGCGACAGCCAACGCUGGACGACCUGUUCACGCAGCAGGAGAAGAAGACAGAGACACCCAAGCCUGCAUCGAAGCCUGUGCCGGUAGUGAAGAAGCGCCGCCGCGUGUCCGCCAGUGACGAGGAAAGGACACCGCAAAACAAGACGCUAUACCUCGAGAGCGACAAUGAGGACCUGCCGAGUCGGUCCAGGUGGUCAACAGCGCGAGUGCCGGACAGCGAUGAUGAGCCGCUUCCGCGACCAAAGGGGAAGGCGCGCGCGAUUAUCCCACCCAGCGACGAUGAGCACCCGAGCUCUAACACGAUCAACCUGUUGUCGAGCGACCCGAUCGAACCCGUCGACCCGGUUCCCGAAGAGCUGCCGGCCUCUGACCCCCCGUUGCUGGACGACUACGACGACGACGCCUUCCCAUGGGACAUGGUUCUCGACGAGCCAGAGUACGUCGCGCCCGUCGCCGAGACAUCUGGGCGCAGGCGCCCACGCCAGUCGAUCUUUGAUCUGCCCGAUUUCGCGAACGAGCCGGCCUCGCAGGUGCCUCGGAGUCGGUCCUCCAGUCCUCUCCCGGAAGCCAUCGACACGGCCCCGGCGAAGAAGGGCAAGGGCAAGCUCCCCGCGGUCAAGUUUGCAGACUUCAGCCUGCUGGACGAGCUGGACGAGAAGGUCCGCGUCUUCUACGAGCAACAUUGGCGUCGCGGGGCCGGCGAGGAAGACGACGCGGCCGUCCAGCUCUCGUUCACUGCUGCGCAACCUAAGAAGAAGGCGCCGGCGAGGCGGGGGUGGUUCGGGCGGGGCCGGGGUCGGGGUCGAGGUCGGGGGCGUGGGCGUUAG